CGUUUCAAUCGGUUUGGUGUAAAAUCCACCGGAAUAGCGAGACAAAUAGAAAACCGUUUCAACUGUGUAACAGAAUUAAAGACAGAGCUGCAGUGCUGUGCGAUUGUCGGGCGAAAGAAGUUAAUGUUAUGUAUUACUACAGUGUUUAAAUUGUUCGUGUUUUGCAUGUUUGAAACUUAUCACAAAAAUUAGAGUGUACAGUUUGCUUCGCAUGAAAAGAAAACGAAGAUUUUUUAGAAUAGUUAUCAGAAAAAAGAAAUAAAUUAUUGUGUAAUUAACGUGUGUCAUAUUGGAAAACAAGACGCUCUUAGGCAUGGAUACUUGCUUUCAAGACUCGGCGGUAAACGGAGAACGGAAAUCCUCACACUGAUUCGAGUUGUUAGGAACAAAAGAUUAAACGGUACCGGGUUUAACGAUGAAAACGGAAAACAACCGAGAAUCCGAGAUUGGGGCUUUGGCUCUACCUGCUACAACGAAAUCUUUCGGAUAAUGGAACCUAAAAGGUGUGACGAAGAACUUUUUCUAUAAAAUAUAAAAAAAGGUGCAACCAAUCGUGUUCCAGCGUAUCGAUAAAACACUCUCCCACACACACACACGUACGCAGAGGAGAUUUAGACGACAUCACGUUUCACAGCUAGGGGCCACUCGCCAGCGAACUCGAUAAUCGUCGGUCAGCGAAGUGACCUUGGUAGUGUACGCGACAGACACGGCAGGCGACCGAGGAAAUCGAUUACAAUCCUUCCGCUUUGAUUGGCAUCUCGGACGGGGACCAGGCGUCGCUAAUGCCGACUGGCAGGGGAUGUACUGACUGGCGUUAGGCAACCCGUUUUGUUCCUUACAUAUGCGGGCUCGCCAGCAAUCCCGGGAAGCCUUGGACCGGUACCGGGUGUGUUGGUGUGAAAAGAAAGCAGUGAUUGUGUGCUAACAAGUUCCGGCAGUUCCGGGGCCCGUGCUGUUUUGCGUAUUUCAUUUUGCUGUUUGUUGGAGGCAGUCCAAGACGUUUUAUUUUUUGUUUUUUUUUUGUGACAUGGGAAAUCGAAACGGUUCCGGUUAACAGUUGAAAGGAGGAAAUAAAACGAAAGUGAUGACUUGUCACGGUUGUGUGGUGGAAAAGAGAGCGGACGGGGUGUAGGAUGGUUCGUGUGUCACCAUGUUUAUCGGUUGUAAUCUGAGAUAGUGAAGAUAUUUCUAGCAAGGGGAAGGAGGCAGAGGUGUAAAGGAGAGGAAAGGUGCUGGUUGAUGUGGCGUCUGAACGGCGUUUCUACUAACGGCUUUUGUUUUCUUUUUCCAUCGGAAAUCUUCAACGAAUGCUGUUCAUUCUGCCAUUAAACGGUUUCCCGUAUGUAGUAAAACGUAUUUCCAAAGAGCCUAAUUAUUUUUGAAACUGUGUAACUCAAAUCAAUAAAGACUAUCGAUCUUUGGGCGGAGGAGAUGGCUAUAACGACAGCAUUCCCGGAACACAGCUCCGUGGGUGCUGAUUUGCUACGUAUGAAGGGAACGGUCGCUUACGAGGUUGCCGGGUCAGCUGUCAACAUGACAAUAGGCAGUGGCGACAUCGAAUCGAACGGAACCGGACAAGUGCUGGCAUCUAGCGAUGUCAUAAUAUCUAACCGAUAUGUUCAGAUGGUGUUCUGCAUACUCUAUUCCAGCAUAUUCAUUCUGGGAAUAUUUGGGAAUGUUCUGGUGUGUUAUGUGGUUUUUCGGAACAAAGCCAUGCAAUCGGUGACUAAUCUGUUCAUCACAAAUCUAGCUCUGUCGGACAUUCUCCUGUGUGUGCUAGCCGUUCCGUUCACUCCUUUGUACACAUUCCUUGGUCAGUGGGUAUUUGGAGAACUCAUCUGUCAUACUGUCCCAUUGGCACAGGGCUGCAGUGUGUACAUCUCGACGCUUACCUUGACGUCAAUAGCGAUAGACAGAUUUUUCGUAAUAAUUUUUCCUUUCCAUCCGCGAAUGAAACUGUCAACCUGCAUCACGAUCAUCGUUACCAUAUGGAUUUUUUCCUUGGUGCUGACGCUUCCGUACGGUUGGUAUAUGCGGCUACACGACGAUACCAACAGUUCGAUUGUGAAUCAUACCCUGCAGGAAGGCCGGCCAUUGUACUGUGAAGAAAUGUGGCCUACGGAGAAUUUGCGGAUGAUUUUUUCGACUGUCACCUCGAUUCAACAGUUCGGCCUGCCGUUCUUCAUAAUGGCGUUCUGCUAUAUAUCGGUGUCAAUUAGGCUAAACGAUAGAGCCCGUACAAAGCCGGGUUCGAAAACCACUCGCCGUGAGGAAGCCGAACGUGAUCGCAAGAAGCGUACGAACCGGAUGCUGAUUGCCAUGGUUGCCAUCUUCGGCAUCUCUUGGCUUCCGCUAAAUCUUGUCAACAUAUGUAACGACUUUUACUCCAGCAUCAAUUCGUGGCCCUUCUACAAUCUACUGUUUUUCAUCGCCCAUUUAACAGCCAUGAGUUCAACUUGCUACAAUCCGUUUCUGUACGCAUGGCUCAACGAAAACUUCCGCAAAGAGUUCAAACAAGUACUGCCUUGCUUUGAUCCCUCGCGUGGCCAUAGCACAAUCAGUUUUCGUCGAUCCGAACACCGUAACUGCAAUGGAAAUAAUGACACCGUACAGGAAACUCUGGUUCCCAGCACUCAAAUGUUGGCACCGAUCGUAAGUCGAUCGCCGAACACCACUACGAGCACGACCGUAACUAGCGAAUCCGCCAGACACACCGUGGACUCAAUUCUUCUAUCGGAAGUUGGUCCUCCAACGAUCAGUCCCCCACUGUUACCCUCAAUCCAGAACCAGGAAACUAUUCUGCUUCCAUCCGGUGUUCUCGAGACCCCCUUCGAGGUCCUACUGCCGGUUGAUGGGGGCAGUAAGUCGUCAUCUCAGCCACAGAACGCCAACGGCAUGGGAAACAGAGGAUUGCCGCUGAGUGUCCCCACGACCAGUAACUUGCGAACUAGCAACCCGAACCUUCAAUCGCUAAUACUGAUCAACGACGGUACCUGCGGGGAUACGAAGCUGCCCGAAAUACUCUAGACUGACACCUAGAUGGACGAGAAUUUCCCUAUGUUAAGCCUUCAAAAUGAUAAUGACUCGAGCGGACGUGCAUUUGAGUGUGUGAAAUUGAGAUUCAAUCUCGCAGAACUACUACUGGAAAAUCGACGAAAUCUGCAAACCUCGCGACCUUCUACUUCUGGGCCCGAGGAAGAAGGUCUGAUUUGACAGAUUUGUUUGCUUGUUCUCGGUCGAGGGUUUCCUAUAGUCCUAAAAAUGAGUCAAUGUGGCGAGCCUAAGCGUUUUAAACAAACAAACAAGGAAGUAAAUCGAGACAGAAAUCAAUUACCAUAAUGACAGAAAAUUAAUUGUAUAAUCUAAUUCGAUAACGGAUUCUAGCUGACUGUUUGAUAAAAUUUACAAAGAUAUUAUGGAAAUAAAUAAUGCUUAAAGCAAACAAACUUUGCUUGACUGAUGAUAUUAGUGUGUAAUGAAAGAAUUAUAACUGCUAACUAACAGCUACUGGCAACAGUUGACUUGGUUGUUACUCUCAAAUUUAUGUGAAACAUAAAUCUUUUACUAAGAAAGAAGUUGGUUAACGUUAAAUAUUUCAGAGUAGUCCGAAUGUGUUAGUAUGUGAAACAGAAUCGUUAAAAAUUAGACAUUUAUAGUUUAAAUUCCCUAUGUAAAUUCAUUGUAAAUCAUAAGAUUGAGAAACUAUAACAUAAAAAACUGAAAAGCCAAAGUUAUGAGGUGAUGAACAAAUGAUUCUUUCUAGAGAGUGUUUAGGUAAAUCGAUGAAAACAUGUAUCUUUCAACCAAGCUCGAACUAUAUCGAUCACAUUGGGUGAAUUUUUGAGCUACGCCAGGUUUCCAGACACUACUUUUCUAAUGGAACAGCAGAACUAACUACAAAAAUAGCUCUUUAUCUACGGCCGAUGUACAUAAAAUAUCUUCGUGUGGCUCGUGUAAAUGGACUGUAUUAGAAAUAUUGAACUGAAUUGACUCGACGGAUUAUUACUUUAUGGUAGAGCAUUAAACUUCGAUGUUGGAGGAUUGAACUAGGUUAUGAGUAAUAAAUUUCAUUAUGU